CCCCACCCAGCAGGAAGCCCAUGGAGCCUGGGGCCACAGGCCACAGGGGACAAGGGCCAGACACCCCGGCCAUGGCUGUGGGUCAUUGAUCCCAGGCUGGCUGGGUGGGGGCGGGGAGACGUUGGCCUGGACAAACAGAGGCUCUGAGGCCUGUGUGCAGGCCUGGCACCCACCCGCCACUCCCAAAGGUAAGCGGGGACCUCCAAGACAGGAGAUCAGGACCUAGGAAUGAGCCGGUGACAGCGUCCACCUGGAGAGUCGGGCCUGGUUCCCUGGGGCAGCAGCCAACUGCUCUGCUCUGAGACCUGGUCUGCUGGGCCCCAUGGGCCAGAGAGUGACUGGGUGAGCCAAAGGAUGCCCACGGCCAAGGCCCCCGAAGCAGCUGGCGGGCAGGGCGAUGGAGGUGAUGGUGAAGAGGCAGAGCCGGAAGGGAUGUUCAAGGACCCCAAGGACACGAAGAGAAAAGUCCGAGGCUACCUCCGCCUGGCUCCCCUGUGGCUGGCUCUGGUCGCGUUGGCUUCAGUGGGGGUCCUGCUCUGGUAUUUCCUAGGGUACAAGGCAGAGGUGACGGUCAGCCAGGUGUACUCAGGCAGCCUCCGUGUGCUCAAUCGCCACUUCUCCCAGGACCUUGCCCGCCGGGAGUCCAGUGCCUUCCGCAGUGAAACUGCCAAAGCUCAGAAGAUGCUCAAGGAGCUCAUUGCCAGCACCCGCCUAGGUACUUACUACAACUCCAGUGCCGUCUACUCCUUUGGGGAGGGACCAUUCACCUGCUUCUUCUGGUUCAUCCUCCAAAUCCCGGAGCACCGCCGGCCAAUGCUGAGCCCCGACGUGGUGCGGGCCCUGCUGGCGGAGGAGCUUCUGUCCGCGGCCAACAGUUCGGUCCCCGCUCCCUACCGGACCGAGUACGAGGUGGACCCCGAGGGUCUGGUGAUCCUGGAAGCCAGCGUGAAAGACAUAGUUGCACUGAAUUCCACGCUGGGCUGCUACCGCUACAGCUACGUGGGCCAGGGCCAGGUCCUCCGGCUGAAGGGGCCCGACACCCUGGCCUCCAGCUGCCUGUGGCACCUUCAGGGCCCCCAGGAUCUCAUGCUCAAACUCCGGCUCGAGUGGAAGCUGGCCGACUGCCGGGACCGGCUGGCCAUGUAUGAUGUGGCGGGGCCUCUUGAGAGGAGGCUUAUCACCUCGGUCUAUGGCUGCAGUCGCCAGGAGCCCGUGGUGGAGGUCCUAGCAUCAGGCGCCAUCAUGGCAGUGGUCUGGAAGAAGGGCCUUCACAGCUACUACGACCCCUUCGUGCUCUCCGUGCAGCCUGUGACCUUCCAGGCCUGCGAGGUGAACCUGACCCUGGAGGGCCGGCUGGAGCCGCAGGGCGUCCUCAGCACACCGUACUUCCCCAGCUACUACUCACCCAGCACCCACUGCUCCUGGCACCUGACGGUGCCCUCUCUGGACUACGGCUUGGCCCUCUGGUUUGAUGCCUACGCAUUGCGGAGGCAGAAAUAUGACAUGCCAUGCACCCAGGGCCAGUGGACCAUCCAAAACAGAAGGCUGUGUGGCCUGCGCACCCUGCAGCCCUACGCUGAGAGGAUCCCCGUGGUGGCCAGCGCCGGCAUCACCAUCAACUUCACGUCCCAGAUCUCCCUCACUGGGCCCGGCGUGCAAGUGUUCUACAGCUUGUACAACCAGACAGACCCCUGCCCUGGAGAGUUUCUCUGCUCCGUGAAUGGACUGUGUGUGCCCGCCUGCGACGGGGUCAAGGACUGCCCCAACGGCCUGGAUGAGAGAAACUGCGUUUGCAGAGCCACAUUCCAGUGCCAAGAGGACAGCACGUGCAUUCCCCUGUCCAGGGUCUGUGACCGGCAGCCUGACUGUCUCAAUGGGAGUGACGAAGAGCAAUGCCAGGAAGGGGUGCCUUGUGGGACCUUCACCUUUCAGUGUGAGGACCGCAGCUGUGUGAAGAAGCCCAACCCAGAGUGUGACGGGCACCCCGACUGCAGGGACGGCUCGGACGAGCUGUUCUGCGACUGUGGCCUUCAGGGCCCCUCGGGCCGCAUCGUGGGCGGGGCCGUGUCCUCAGAGGGUGAGUGGCCGUGGCAGGCCAGCCUCCAGGUUCGAGGCCGACACAUCUGUGGGGGGACCCUCAUUGCGGACCGCUGGGUGAUCACCGCUGCCCACUGCUUCCAGGAGGAGAGCAUGGCAUCCCCGGCGCUGUGGACCGUGUUCCUGGGCAAAGUGUGGCAGAGCUCACGCUGGCCGGGCGAGGUGUCCUUCAAGGUGAGCCGUCUGCUCCUGCACCCGUACCACGAGGAGGACAGCCACGACUACGACGUGGCCCUGCUGCAGCUCGACCACCCCGUGGUGCGCUCGGCCGCCGUGCAUCCCGUCUGCCUGCCUGCCCGCUCCCACUUCUUCGAGCCGGGCCUGCACUGCUGGAUCACGGGCUGGGGUGCCCUGCGAGAAGGCGGCCCCACCAGCAACGGCCUGCAGAAGGUGGAUGUGCAGCUGAUCCCGCAGGACCUGUGCAGCGAGGCCUACCGCUACCAGGUGACGCCCCGCAUGCUGUGCGCCGGCUACCUCAAGGGCAAGAAGGACGCCUGCCAGGGUGACUCAGGUGGCCCGCUGGUGUGCAAGGAGCCCAGUGGCCGUUGGUUCCUGGCAGGGCUGGUCAGCUGGGGUCUGGGCUGCGGCCGGCCCAACUAUUUUGGCGUCUACACCCGCAUCACUGGUGUGAUCGGCUGGAUCCAGCAGGUGCUGACUUGAGGAGUUGGCCCCUGCAGAGCAGGGGCCUACCUCUUGGACUCAGAGAGCCCAGGGCACCCACCGGGGGGUCGAAAGCAAGUAUUCUGCAGGCAGCAGGGCCCGGAGGGGACAGGAGGUGGUGUCUUUCCCGUCCCCCAACCUGCUGCUUGAUGUCAGCCUCAGUGAGGGUCCAAGGAGGGAGGAGGGCCAUCCGCUGGUGGUCCAGACCACCCCUGAGGGCCUGGAAUGGUCACCAGUCCUGGAUGGGGGGUUCUCAUCCAGGCUGUCCCCUCCUGAUUCUCUCUUCUCCUCCCCGCUUCCUCCGCUGCUGACUUUGGGGGGAAGAGUUAAGCAGUGAUCCUGUGGCUGCCAGGUCCCCCCGCCACCGCCCCUGCCCCAGUGCAAAGGCUGUUAGGAUGGCAUCUUCUCCAGACAGCAGAUUCCAGUCUUUGAAGCCCUCAGCCUAACUUGAGUGGUGGAGGAGGAAGGUGCUCCCACAGGAAGGCCCCUCAGAGUCCUGGAGACAGCCAAGUGGGCCAGCCACCACUGCAAGCCAAAGGGUGGGGAGCCUGGGGUCCAGGGUCCUCCCAACCCCACCUGCCUCUUGGGACUUCACUGCCCAUUCUCACCAGGAGGUGAGCUCAGCUGCCCUGUGGAAUAAAGCUGUCUGACCCAA